GGGUGGUAUGGAAAAUAUUUAAAUAUAUGAGAAGCUUAUAAAGGUAGUUCUUAGGUAUCCCAUGGAUUGGAAUCUUCCAGCAGUCAAGUAGUGCUAUAUUUUGAACCUCUACUAUCGUUGAUCGAAUCAUAGACAGCGCAAUGGGUGCCCAGUUUUCAAGCGCUGUAACUCAGUUAUUCCCCCCUAAGCCAGGGUUUACCGAGAAAAACAUAUCCGAUCUUCAUGGCAAGGUUUAUAUCGUUACCGGUUCAAACACGGGCGUAGGUAAAGAAACCGCCAGGAUCCUUUACUCUAAGAAUGCGAAAGUAUACAUUGCUGCACGUUCCCAAGAAAAGGCCGACAAGGCAAUCGACGAAAUCAGAAAAGCCUUCCCGAACUCGAAAGGAAGCCUAAGCUUCCUGAAGUUGGACCUUAGCGACUUAACUACGAUAAAGGCAUCAACAGACGAGUUCUUAUUGAAGGAAAAGAAACUCGACGUUCUGUUCAACAAUGCUGGUGUCCAGAACCCACUCCCAGAACCGAGCAAGACACCCCAGGGUUACGAAUAUCAUCUUGGAGUGAAUAGCAUCGGAACGUACGCGUUUACGAAGUUUUUGACACCGAUCCUCGUCUCAACAGCUAAGACGGAGGGGACGUCUCGCGUAAUCUGGGUAUCGUCUUCGGCCACGGAUCUGACCGGUCUGAAGUCGGUUGGUAUCGAUAUGAACAACCUAGACUAUCACGACGACAAGCCAUACCUCAUAAGAUAUGGCCUUAGCAAGACAGGUAACUGGCUGCACGGCGUCGAGUUCGCUAAGCGAUAUAAGGCGGACGGUGUCAUUAGCAUUCCGUUGAACCCUGGAAAUCUCGCUUCGGAUUUGUACCGCGACCAAUCAGGCUUUAUGAACAUCGUCACAGCGCUCAUGACAUACCCUUCCAUUAAUGGCGCCUAUACUCUCUUGUAUGCCGGACUGUCCCCCGACAUUACGAUCGAGAAAACCGGCAGUUGGGUGAUUCCGUGGGGGCGAAUUCGCUCGGUUCGAAAGGACUUGAUAGAGGCGACUAAGACCGAAGAAGAGGGCGGGAAUGGCACUGCUAAGAAGUUCUGGGAGUGGACCGAUGAGCAGGUCAAUAAGCAUACCAAGUGAAGAAGAUGUUGAUGGGGGUUGAUGAACAGAGUGAGCUGAUUGAGGAUCGGCGCGUGGAACUUUACCUAUAAUUGAAUUCAUCAAUUCUAGAAACAUGGAACUGUAUUUUGAUGUAUUGAGGGA